GUUAUUUAAAGAGCACUUUUUCUUUUUGGAAUUUUCAGUGUUAACGCACUACUCGCACUGUUUAUACUACAAAACGUCAUAGAGUAGUGCAUAUAUAUGUGAUUUGGGAUGCACCUAUUGUAUGGUAAAUUAACUUGAAUGGUAUGUCACCGGCAAACCAGGCCAGUUGGCAAGACAAUUUAUCGUAUGGGCAGUGUUAAUACAAAACUCAAAGUAAACAAAGUACUUGACAUACCAUCCUUGGACAAUAUUUUUGUUUCUUUUUAGAAGGAGGACGGCAUGUUUAUUUGGAGCUGGGGACUUUAGUGUAAAUGGCUUGUUUUAGGAUUUGCAGAUGGUUGUUUUCUUUUUGGGUGGUUUGUUUUGAAAAGUCAAACAUGGCAUUACAUAAGUGUAACUGGGGUAUUAUGUAAAACCAGUGUGGUAAAAAAAAAAAAAAAAUGGACACAAUAGACCAUGGAAAAUACCUGCCACUCCUGGGUAGUGCACAGGAGUGCCAGGCUUAGAAAAAAAUGUGGGUCAACAGUAAUUGCUUCGUUUCAACUUCAGUAAAAUGUAUUGAUAUUAACUGUUGAUAAAAAAAAAAUCUGUUGAUAAAAUGGAAGGCCACAUGAUAACUUAACAUAAUCACAUGACAAUUCAGUAAACAUAAAAAAAGUUUUCUGUAAAAAAUACAUGUAUUCUCUUUUAAAGUAUUUUUAUACUUUAAUAUGUUUUAGCUUUAAAAUACUUUAUAUUAGCCGACAACAUUUGAAUAAGACUAUAGCUGGAAUAGACACAACCUAAAAAAAAAAAUAGAUAAUAAUAAAAAAUAAAUCAUUUUUGUAAUAUAUUUGCAAAUACAUACUGUGUCAUUUCAUUAUCUCCAUCAUCUCAGAAAAUUCAAAAUUAUCAAGAGGUCGCAGAAUGUUUGCCCUUCGUGAGAGAACAGAUUUGCUAAACGACUUAGGCUGGUUUGGUAUUUACCGAGCAAACCAGCUCCCUUCAAUACUGAAAGUAAAAGCAAGUAGUGAAGGUGUCGCCAGUUUUGGUGUUUGCCAGACAAUGCCUGAGCCUGUGUAAUCUGAGGACACGUCGAGCGCUUAUUACAGUAAAAGCUUUGUUUUGCUUCACAACUUUAAUGUAAUGGAUUAAUAAUACUUCAGAAAACAUGGAAUAUCCCUGUGAAACAGAUGCUGAAAUGCAAGAUAUUGUCCUUGACCCUGUGUCUGAACUUUUACCUGACAAUGUCUUCUUAAAAUAUCUCAACUCACUUGAGUCUAUUGAAGAAGAUUUCGAUCCCAAAUUCUUUGAUAACUUUUCAGUUGACACAGACACAACCUCCACGCCAAUACCAGAAAAGGCUUCUUUCACAGAUGAAGUGCAAAGCAGAAAGCGAAAAGUUGAUGCAACUUCAGAUAAACCCUGCAGCAACAAAAAAGCGGCAGCGUGGCCUGAAAGUCCCUCAAACGGAAGACCGCCCACCAUUACCCCUGAGAGUAGCUUUCCUCUGAGCUCAACCCCUUUCCAGCAUGUAUUGCCUUUCCCUUUCAGCCCCACUCUUCUGCCCCCUAGCGGAGGUUCACCACUGCAGUUCAUCCAGACCAUCGGCCCUUAUACUGCGCCUCUAAUUGGCACUGUGGUUCCCACAGGGACUACAUACGUGAUUGUAUCUGCAGUGUCGCCCCAAUGUGUGAGUCCAGGCACUCAGAUAAUUCCUCUUUCACCUGCCAAUGGCACAGUUGCCCCGAAAGAGCUCACUUUUUCCGAACUUCCAGUUGGCUCAUUUUCAGACAGUGCAUGCCAGGGUUUGCCACCAGUAUCUGUAGACACACUCUCCCCUACAAAAGAAGGAAACGCACAGAAAAACUAUGAUUCCACACCUCCAAAAACUGAAAGGAAAAUCCGCCCAGAAGCAACAGAAUGUGUUAAGGAGUACAUACGUCACAUCAAAUCCUACAUGAGAGAUGCCUGCUGCUCUAUGCGUGGGGGAAUGGGAAUGGAGUCACACUAUGUGGACAUGCAUCUGGUCCAGAGGAAACUCCUUAUCAAAUCCGGCAAGAAUGCAAAUAAGUGUUUGGAGAAAGAACUGGUGGUCCUUAGUGAUUCAGAGCGAAAGAAAGCAAAGCUGGACAGAAGUCAGUUGUUUCAUAACAGUGAUUCCAAAAUAAAACAGUCAGUCGCUCUCCUGGGAAAAGCCGGAGUGGGGAAAUCCACAUUCAUUCAGCGUUUAUGCUUGGACUGGGCGAGCGGGAGCCUGCCUCAAUUUCAGUUUGUUUUUAUGUUGAACUGUAAAAUUUUAGACCUCACACAAUCUAACUACAGCUUGAAAGGUUUACUGUUCGAUUUGUCUAUGUCUCCUCGCUGCAAGGACUCAGACUCUGUGUUCAAACACAUUCUGUCCUGUCCCGAGGAAGUUCUCAUUAUCUUUGACAGCUUUGAUCACAUUAAAGACUUUGAGGGGCUUCUCCAGUCCCCUGCUAAAUCACACACAAACACUAAAUACACCAUCAAACAGCUAUUUUCAGGUUUGUUCCAAAAGGAAAUCCUCUCGGGCUGCACGCUUCUCAUUGCCACGAGGCCUAAAGAUGUUUUAAAUCAGGUGCUGCGAAAAAUGGACAGCCUUAUGGAGCUUUGUGGCUUCUCUCCUGAGGACAUCGAGUUGUAUACGUCAAAAUAUUUCGGGAAUGCUUCCCUCCAAGAAAGUGCACUAAGACAGAUUAAGAAUCACAGAUACAUAUACAGUUUAUGCUCCAACCCGUUACUUUGUUGGACUACUUGCUUCCUGCUCGAGCACCAAGACAGCUGCAAUGAUGAUUUGCCUUCAACCCUCACAGACUUGUACCAAAGAGCGACCUCAAAGCAUCUGCAACUAGCAAGCCUUGAAAAUAGCUCAUUGUGUAAAAACAGAAAACAGCUGGACAUCCCACAGUUAUGCAAAAUGGCAUGGGAGGGACUCGAGAAUCAUGAUACACGUGUAAACCCUGCCAGUUCUACAGAGCUGCUGGACUGCGCUCUUAAAAGUGGCAUACUUGCAUCCUACAAAACAUCUGAGCGUCAGGAAAACCACUUUGUAGACCUUUUCACUCAGAAUCUCCUGAGCGCUGUGCACCUGGUACAGUCUAAACAGGUGAACGAAAAAAUGGUGGUGGCAAACAGCGUAGUCCAUCAGAAGAAACGAAAGGUUCAAGGAGAGUCACAGGACGUGCUGCAUAGGUUUGUUACAGGCUUGGUCUUCUGGAAAGCCCCUGAUGGAGUCAGCAUCCUGGAUAGCAGUGUCAACAUAAAAGCAAAAAGAAAGGCUGUUGAAACUCAUCUGGAGAGCAUGAAGCCUAAUGAUUUGGUUCCUGCCAGGUUACUAGAACUGUUUCAUUGUGUUUACGAGACCAGCAGCGCCAAAUUUGCCAAACUGCUGUUGAAGAACCUGCCUGACAAUCUGUCAUUCUAUGGGACGCAGCUUUGCCCAUCGGACGUGUACGUUAUAUGCCAUCUCCUUCAACAUGCCAGCGCACUGAAGCGGACUUUCUCCAUUAACCUGCAAGAUACAUGCAUUCCCAUCUGUGGCCUGAAAGAGCUUGUGGGACUCAAGUGUAUCAAAUCAUUCUGGGCACAUACAGCAGACACCAUUGGCUUAUGGGAGGACUUGCAUCAAAGCAAUGAUGAACUGAACCUGAAAAGUGCCAUUGAGAAAUUCACCUUGCACCCAUUCAAGGCAACACAAGGGUAUCACAUAGAGAGCCUGCCUGUACUUGUCCAAAUUCACAGAGAGAAGAAGCUACCAAUGAGUGAAUUUGUGUCUGCACUGGAUGAAGGUGUACCAGCUCUCCGACAUCUUCAGAGACUGGAAUUUGAGCUCGGAGUCCAGAACGGUCCUGAACUUUUCCCUAAACUCAUAGAUGUCCUGCCUUCUCUGCAGUCUCUCCAACAUCUGGACCUUGAGAAAAACCAAAUAGGAGACUCUGGUGCUGAGAAGCUUGCUGGUGUUUUACAUUUUUUGGAAUGUCUGAAAUUGCUAAAUCUGUCUCAAAACCUCAUUGGAGAUGCUGGAGUGGAGAAACUGGCUAAAGCUUUGGCAUCAGUCCCUUCUCUACAGAGCCUCAGCCUCUAUGGAAAUGCAAUUGCUGACAGCGGAGCUGAACAUCUGGCCUUGGUUUUACCAGACAUGAACUUACUGCAGGAUUUGGAUGUUAAGUUCAACAAGUUCACAGACAUUGGAGCUACAAAGCUCAGUGCUGCUCUGAAAAACUGCACAGGAAUGAAGUCUCUGGAGCUGUGGAAUGACUGCAUUCCAUACGGAGUUUUUGAACACCUCCGUCUUCAAGAUCCACGGAUAAGAUCUCUUUAACACAUUUUGACAUUUAAAGGGGUGCUAUUAUGCUUUGUCACUUUUUCAACUUUAGUUAGUUACAAACCUCAAAGUCCAAUUCAAACAGAGAUAUUUAUUUAACAGAAAUCACUUUUCAAAAACUACAACGAACGACUCGUUCGGACUACAUUGCAUAUUUUCCGGGAUUUGUGAUAUCACAAAUAUCGACAAAUUGGAUGAGACCUGAUCGAGCUGCACUAGAGAAAGCAACGAGUGUUAUAUCACUAUGUCAGAGACAUGCUAGCUUUCCCAAGACAGACGAACGUAGAGUGGUUACAAUCAUCCGGGUUUAAAUCACGCUCAAAUUCAUUUGAUUUUGACGCAAUAUUUACACUGAGGCUCAUAGCAGGAGGAGGCUAUGGUAAGGGCAUGGCAUUUCCCGACCAGGCGCAGAGUGCUGCUAAUCACAACACACACUGGCCCAGCGAACCAAUCACAGCACAUUUCAUAUUUCAGAAUCAGUCCUUCUUUUGAUAAAGGAACUAUUUAAGCCGUUCAUGCCAGACUGGGGAGAGAGGUGUUGUAAUAAUGUAAAAUAUGUGAAAAAUAAUGUGUUUUUCGAACAACCUAUGAGAGCCUCUUCUAGUACACCCCCAAAACAAAAUCAAGACCUUGUAAAAGAGCAUAAUAGGACCCCUUUAAAAAUGGCCACAUAUUGGACAGUUAUACCUUGAAAUUCAAUAGUUAAUCAACAUUUGUCAAUAAAGACACUAAACUGCUUUAAAAUGUUGUUUCACUUUCUCACUGAAAUAAUUUUACAUUAUGACUGACUUGCACUUUCUGACACUUUUGUGAAUAUUCCCUUCCUCAGUACUAAAUGUAUUUUUUUGUUACAAUCUUAUACUGUAUUUUACAAUAAACACAAGUUCUAUGA